AUGGUCGAAGAAAUGACAAUUUCAGAUUCAAAUCCUCCGCUUUUGAUCAGGUCUCUGGUGAGUGGAUACGGUAGAUUAGGAUUAUUCACGGAUAUGCGAAGAGUUCUUCGGAAAAUGGAGGAUGUUGGGUACUGUUUGGACACAAUUUGUUCGAACAUCGUUCUUUCGUCGUUUGGAGCCCAUAGCGAGCUAUCGGAGAUGGCUUCAUGGCUUCGAAAAAUGAAGGAUUCUAACAUUUCCUUUUCGAUACGGACGUACAAUUCUAUCAUGAAUUCAUGCCCACCAAUCACGUCCUUGGUCAAAGACUUGAAAUUUGUCCCCCUUUCGAUAGAGGAUCUGAAAGAAAGGCUACAGAAAGAUGAAACCUUGUUGGUUGAACAACUGAUCGGAUCGUCUGUACUGAUGGGUGCCUUGAAAUGGUGCCCUUCGGAGGGGAAGUUGGAUUUACAUGGAAUGCACUUGGCUACUGCUUAUUUGAUCAUGCUACAGUGGGUACAAGUGCUAAGAUCAAGGUUUAGUGCGGGAAGUUGGGUAAUUCCGACGGAGCUUAGGUUGAUAUGUGGAUCGGGAAAGCACAGCAGUGUGAGAGGGGAAUCGCCAGUGAAAGCCCUGAUUAAACAGAUGAUGGUUCGGAUGAGAAGUCGGAUGAAAAUUGAUCGAACCAAUGUGGGAUGCUUUGUUGGUAGAGGAAGGGCCGUGAGGGAUUAG